AUGGAAACCAGAGAUUUCGUCCCAUCGCUCGGCAUCACUGAGCGCCAAGUCUGCGCGUACGCGACAAUUUCAGCCGUAGUGCUGCUGCUCCCCCAGGCUCAUUUUGUAUGGCAACAAACCGUGCUCCUCCUCGUCCGCUCAAACCGCAGCUAUGACCUGCUGCUGCUACUCCUCGGCUGUUUCGGCUUCAUCCAGUUGAUUCUGCACAGCAUCGGGCUCGUCGUGUCGCUGACUAGCGAUGUAUUGGCUGAUUGGAUGCUGGCCUUCUCAAGCGUGAUGCUCGCAACAUGGUUCGGCACCCUCCUCCUCCUCCCCAUACUCAUGCUCCAACGCUUCGUCGCCGCCGUUACGAAGCGAGCCCUCAGAUUCCUGCUCCAGUUUGUUUUUGGGCUUCUCGGCCUCGGCGUGUUGAUCCUCGUUGCGCUGGGCGUAAUUUUUCUACUGACGGCCAGAAGUACGCAAUAUAUCGCAUACAGCUUUUCAUGCUACAUUUCGGCGGGCUCCGUCAUUAUCAGCUCAAUUCUGCUCAUCACCUCAUAUCCGGUGUGCUCGCUCCUUCCCCCAGCCCUAUUGAUCUCGAUAUUUCUCCUAUUCUGCCAGCUGAUCCUGCCCUAUUGGACUGGAGGGAAUGGCGGCACGAUAUUGGCCCAUUUUCUCUUCAUCCUCUGCAGUGCCAGCUUUGGCCUCACGAAUUUGCAUCGGCUAUUCACCGGCAAGCCGAAGCCGCUGCUCUCCGCGCCAGCUCACGUGGUGGCCGACGGCGUGCUCCCCGUCGAGGCUACACCGGUAGUCGUUUCCGGUCAGGUGCGGGCAGUUGCCGUGCAGUCGAUCGUCUCGAAAACCGUGCCGUCUCGACCCGUGUCUGCCGUCUCGUCCAUCAGCGACACCAACCCCGCGUCGUCGUUGUCGCGCCAGCAAAAGAGCUUCUUUAGGUCGCUCACCCAGAAGCUCAUCACCAAGCUG